CCCCACAGACCUCACUGACUCCCAUCGAUCCCACUGUACCCUUCUGACCCUGCAGACCCCACUGAGAUCCUCUGACCUCACAGGACCCCGGUAUCUCCCACAGACCCCAUAAGCCCUUCUGACCGCACAGACCCCACAGCCGCCGCCAUGCCGUCCCAGAUGGAGCACGCCAUGGAGACGCUGAUGUUCACCUUCCACAAAUACGCGGGUGACAAGAACUACCUGAGCAAGGAGGACCUGCGUGCACUGAUGGAGAAGGAGUUCCCUGGAUUCCUGGAGAACCAGCGCGAUCCUAUGGCUCUGGAUAAGAUCAUGAAGGACCUGGACCAGUGCCGGGAUGGCAAAGUGGGCUUCCAGAGCUUCUUCUCGCUGGUGGCUGGACUGACCAUCGCCUGCAACGACUACUUCGUGGUGCACAUGAAGCAGAAGGGGAGGAAGUGAGAGAGGGCCCUGCGGCCCCAAUAAAGUGUUUUGUAUGA